CUUCCGUACAGACGCUCCAAAACAUGGCGACCUCCAUGUGCUAACGUGAGAGGAGCCAGGAGAGUAAACUGAAGCCGCGAAAAACUGAAACCUGUCUGCUCCUCUACAUCCCUUCUACAUACAACCCCCCCCUGGAACAUUAGGAAAGCAGUGUCCGCGUGCAGGCGGGCGAAACAGGCGGUUCACCUGGAUGCUGGUGCUGACAGCUCGUUUUCUCCCCCUCAUCACCUCCCAUCAUCCUCUCUGCUCCCUGUCAGCCAGGCGCACAUUUCCGUGGAUCUCCGGAAGAGCCGCUGCUGCCAUCAUCAGAGGACUGGGAUCCAUGGAGCCUCCGAAGACUUCCUCCGAGGUUCCCCCCACCACCAAACCUCCUCCUCCCACAGCGACUGACUCUGCAGCAGAGGAGGAAAAGGAAGUUCCUGUUGGACUGUUACCCGGGGAGACGGUAGUGAAGGAGGGCAAGGCGGCCAUAUUGUUUCCCAGUGCUAACGAGGUGUUCUACAACCCGGUGCAGGAGUUCAACAGAGACCUGACAUGUGCAGUGCUCACAGAGUAUGCCAGAGAAGUGAUGGCUCAGCGGGGGGUGAAGGUGGUGGUGCCGGGGGAGACGGAGAGGGUGGUGGUGUCUCUGUCGGAGGAGACGACGGAGGCCGACGUACAGAUGGAGGCCGACGUUCAGACGGAGGAGAAAAACGGAGCGGAGCCUCCAACCGAAACUGCAAAAGUGGGGGAGAAAUGUGAGCGUGGUCUCCGAGUGCUGGAGGGUCUGGCGGCGUCCGGUCUGCGCUCGGUGCGUUUCGCUCUGGAGGUCCCCGGCCUGCGGAGCGUCACCGCCAACGACUUCUCCACCAAGGCCGCCGCGCUGAUCGCCCGCAACGCCGAGUACAACGGGGUCCGACACCUGCUGAGCGCCAGCUGCAGGGACGCCAGCAUGCUGAUGUACGAGAUGCGAGGGAAGAAGGAGCGCUACGACGUCAUUGAUCUGGAUCCUUACGGGAGUCCUUCUGCCUUUCUGGACGCAGCUGUGCAGUCCGUCGGGGAGGGAGGCCUGCUGUGUGUAACGUGUACCGACAUGGCGGUGAUGGCAGGAAACAGCGGGGAGACCUGCUACAGCAAAUACGGCUCCGUCUCCAUCAAAGCCAAAUACUGCCACGAGAUGGCGCUGCGUAUCAUCCUGCACAGUCUGGACCAGCGGGCGGGGGUGUACCAGCGCUACAUCCAGCCCCUGCUCUGCGUCAGCGUGGACUUCUACAUCCGGGUGUUUGUACGCGUGUUCACGGGACAGGCCACGGUCAAGAACUCUGCCAGUAAGCAGGCUCUGGUCUACAACUGUGUGGGCUGCGGAUCCUUCCACCUGCAGAGGAUGGGCCGGAGAACCAGCAACGGGAAACAUGUGAAGUAUUCCUCAGCCACCGGACCCCCAGUCGGACCGCACUGUGACAUCUGUGGGCAGAGACAUCAGCUCGGGGGUCCCAUCUGGGCCGAGCCCCUCCAUGACGUUGCUUUCGUGCAGAAGGUUCUCGACGCCGUGUCGGUGAACCCGUCCAGAUUUGGGACGUCCAAGCGGAUCGAGGGCAUGCUCAGUAUGGUGACAGAGGAGCUGGAGGACGCUCCUCUCUAUUACACUGUGGACAGUCUGAGCAGCACGAUACACUGCAACACCCCCCCACUGCUGCAGUUCAGGUCGGCUCUCCUUCACGCCGGUCACAGGGUCUCUCUCUCUCACGCCUGCAAGAACGCCAUCAAGACGACGGCGCCUCCCGCAGACAUCUGGGACAUCAUGCGCUGCUGGGAGAAGUCCAAUCCUGUGAAGAGAGAGAAGCUGUCAGAGACAAGCCCCGCCUUCAAGAUCCUCUCCACUGAGCCCAGCUCAGAAGCCUGCUUCACAGUGAGGGAGGACGCCAACCCUCAGUCCCGUAAACGCCACCUGACCCGCUUCCAGGAGAAUCCGCAGGCCUUCUGGGGGCCCAAAGCAAGAGCCAAGGCCGGUGGCAGUUUAACAACCAGUCUGCAGGACAAGAAGAAGAGGUGCCAGAACAAGAGGAAGAACCAGUCCACAGAGUCUGGAGAGCUCAAAAGCUUCCACUGCAAGAAGUUCAAACAGGGAACGUGCACAAACGGAGACAAAUGCUGCUACUCUCACAACCUGGAGCCGACGAAAGAAGAGAAAAUAGAAUAAAUCUGUCCUCAGUUUUUUUGUUUUUUUUAAGUCAUUUUAUUUCUGGAGCAGCUGGAGAGCGUGAGGCAAUCAGCUGGAGUUUGAUCUGCACGACAAACCAUGAGACUGUUCGUACGCAGAGCAUGAGGAUGAUCACUUCAGAGCUUUUUGUUUUUGGUUUUGGGAUCUUUUGUUAUUUGACAGUCCAAUAAAGUCCUCAUGCUGACUUUGAA